AUGUACACACUCCUGACUCUUCUUACCAUUGCAGUCGCGCUAUUGACCACCGUCAUGGCUCUCCCUCACCAGAAACGCAUAUCCGAGAGCGAACCCUGGCACAUUACUUAUCUGUUCGUCUUCACAGCCACCCCUGGCUCUCAAAACAAUCAAAUAGUUUUCAACUUGCUCGACAACAAUACUGGUCUGCAAACAGACACGAUUUGCGCACGCUCAGUACCCGGCUCUAUAGAAGAUGCGACCAAUUUCUAUCCAUGUGUCAAUGAUGACUUCAACUUCAGAUGGGAUGGAACUACUCUGCGUAUCCAGAGGUUCUAUACAGAUCCAGCUGUUGGGCCAUGUCCUCAGUAUUGUUCUGUCACGGUUUAUGGCAAUGGAACACCCAACUUGACCGUAACCGAGCUCUCUGUAGACGGAAAAGGCGAGACCAAUCCCACAACUCAUAAGACAACCGAAGAGCGGGGCUGA